GAUGUCACUUCGGCUGUGGAAAGCACAACUGGUAGUGCCACAAGCACAGUUGAAGCUACAACGUUACCUGGUGAGACAACUGCAGCUGAGAUAGCAACAACCUCUAGUCUCACCACUGAUGUUGAUAUAACAUCUGCUGUGGAAGCAAGUACAGUUGGAGUUUCUUUAACAUCAGAGACAGCCACUGCAGAGAUUCUCACAACAGCUGGUGUAAGUACAAAUGCUGUGACCAUAUCUCUUCCUGAAACGACUGUUGCUGAUAUCACUACAACUGUAAAGAGUACAACUGCAGCUGAAGCUUUUUCCUUGGCUACCCAAACCACUCAAGCUGAGGUUUCUACAACUUCUGGUAUCACCACUGGUGGUCAACCAACUGCCGAGAUGACUAUUUUCGAUGACACGACAGCUAUGGAAAGCACAACUAGUAGUGCCACAAGCAAAGCUGAAGCUACAAGUACAGUUGUUCAGACCACAGUAUCUGGAGUAACUACCUCUCCUGGUGUUACCACUGGUGCUAUCAUCACAUCUACCGAGACAAGUACUGUAGAUUCAGAGACAGCUACAUCAGCUGGUACAUCAACAGUAGCCGAGACAAGUUCUGAGGAUAAAGUUACUACAGUUGGUGCCUCAACUGUGAUUGGGAGUACCAUAACAGUACAGUCUACUGUUGAGGAAGGUACUAUCACACCUCCUAUAACAACUUCAGCAGGUGUAACUACUAUUUCAUCUUCGACAACAACUCCAGAAGUAGCAGUAACAGUAACAGCAGCAACUGAUUCUGAGACAACUGCUUCAAAUGAAACUACAUCUGCCGUAACCACCGUUGCAGCCCAAAACAUUACUACAGUAGAAACAACAACUAUUGUGCCUGAAAUAAUCACUGAAGCUGCUAUCACAACAGUUGACUUUAGUUCACCUUUGCAAAAAACUAGUAAGGCCAUUACUGGAACGCAGGUUUCAAGAACAAAUGCACCUGAAAUUACCACUGGUAUAGAGGCAACUACUUCAGGUUACACCAUCUCUGGUACUCAGAUUUCAACCAUUGAAGUAGCCACAAAAGGAUUGACUGAGACCACAGCUGCUUCUUUAUUAACAACGACAGCUCCCCAGACAAAAGCUGAUCAAACCACAAGCGCUGAGGCAACUACUAUGACUGAAAGCACCACUGUUGCUGAGACAACUAUUGCAGAUGUAACGACUACUGAAGUGCAAAAAACCACCGUGGAGGUAACCACUGUCAGCGAAGUAACUGCUCUGCCCGAGUCCACAACUCCAGCACAGACAACAUUAGAUGCUGACACUACAGCUGUUGCUGUGACAACAAUGACAAAGGGAACUACCACGCCAGGCCAGACUAGCAGUGCAGAGACAACCACUCCAGUUGUGACUACACUUGUGGAAACUACUAUUGCUGGAGAUACGACCACAGAGCAGGGAAUAACCACAGCUGCGCAGACAUCAGCUGGUGUGAGCACAUCUCUUGGAAUAACCACUGGUACUGAGACUACUGUUGCAGAGAGCAGUACAGAUGCUUUAUCCACCAGAACAUCCCAGACAACUCCAGAGGUAGCCACAACCGGCACAAGUACGACCACAGAGCAGGGAAUUACCACAGCUGCACAGACAUCAGCUGGUGCGAGCACAUCCCUUGGAAUAACCACUGAUACUGAGACUACUGUUGCAGAGAGCAGUACAGAAGCUUUAUCCACCAGAACAUCCCUGACAACUCCAGAGGUAGCCACAACCGGCAGAAGUACCACUGGGGUUGAUACUACUGUUGAUGUCGAGACUACUACACAAGGUGUGGCUACAUCUGUAGAAACAACUGUCUCUGAAGGUAUCACAACCGAUGAGGUAACAACUACAGCUCCUCAGACAUCAGCUGCUAUCAGCACAUCUACCAAGACAGCUGAUGCGGGUGCUGAGACAACUGCAGCAGCUGAGGCACAGACAUCCUCUGUUUAG